AUGGCGGAUCCAAACAUCGAAACACAACUGAGUCAUCGUCAGACUACCGAAUCAAAGGUCGAUAAAGAUACAAAGUUUGAGCGAGACUAUGUGCCACCAGACUUUAAGAUACAACAAAUACGACAGGCAAUUCCACCCCAUUGCUUUGAGCAAGACACAUGGAAAUCAGCCAGCUAUCUGGUUAAAGAUCUUGCUAUGAUUGCGGUUCUGGUCUACGCAGCGACCUUUAUUGACACAUACCUUCCACAGAUGCUUCGUUUUAUCGCCUGGCUUGUAUAUUGGUUUUUCUGUGGUGCUUUUGCGACAGGUGUAUGGGUGAUCGCUCACGAAUGUGGACAUCAAGCCUUUUCACCUCACAAGUUUAUAAACAACACAGUAGGCCUCAUAUUGCACUCAGCUUUACUGGUCCCUUAUCAUUCGUGGAGAAUAACACAUUCCAAACAUCACAAACAUACGGGACAUAUAGAGAAAGAUCAGGUAUUUUUACCAAAAACACGAACAGCACUGGGACUUCCUUCGAAAAAUGAACACGAAGACGGAACAUCAAUAUACGAAGAUACGCCUAUAUUUACACUACUUAUGUUGAUUCUUCAACAAUUAGUGGGAUGGCCGCUUUAUUUGAUCUUUAAUGCAUCGGGACAAAAAUACAAGGACCGCUGGGUCAAUCAUUUUAACCCAUCAUCACCUAUAUUUGAUCCCAAACACUAUAACGACAUAAUUAUUUCUGAUAUAGGAAUUAUUAUCACAUUAUCUAUAAUCUGCUAUUUUUCUUAUGUUUAUUCAUUCAUUACUGUAGUAAAAUAUUAUUUAAUACCUUACUUGGUUGUAAAUCAUUGGCUUGUUCUCAUAACUUUUCUUCAACACACUGAUCCAAAAUUACCACAUUAUCGCCAAAAACAAUGGAAUUUUAUUCGUGGAGCUGCUUGUACAGUGGAUCGCCAUUUCGGAUUUCUUGACUCUAUAUUUCACCGAAUCUCGUCUACACAUGUUGCUCAUCAUUACUUUAGCCAAAUGCCACAUUAUCAUGCUGAAGAAGCAACCAUUCAUCUUAAAGAAGUUCUUGGUCCUUAUUAUAUUUUUGAUGAUACACCUAUCUUUAAAGCUUUAUGGAGAAGUCAUACUCAAUGUCGAUUUAUAGAAGAUGAGGGUGAA